AUGUCUUUGAGCACACUUGAAGGGAGCGCCAUCAUAGAUGAGAAGUAUGAGUCCCAGCCUACUUUCGAACACGUCCCCGGUGCGUCUCUUCUCAAGGGACUACCUGUGUCCGCGAACAUUGAGCGAUGGUGCUACCGGCACAGAUCGCGAGAUGGUGUUGAGCCAACGCUAGGGGUAAUCUACUUCGAUACUGGUAGCGACGCGAAAGAAUACCUACAGAUCAAAGCCGAGGUGGCGGCAAAGGCUGGUAUCCGAUAUAUAUCACACCGACUUCCACCUGAUGCGUCGGUCGACGAGACGCUCGACAGAAUCGCCGAAUUGAACGAAGAUGAGAACACCCAUGGCAUUCUGAUCCAGCGACCUCUUCCAGAUCAUCUCGAAGAACACGAAAUAAUGGACAGGAUCCACAUGAAAAAGCACAUUGAGGAAUAUGCGAAGGGUUAUGCGGCCAAUAUCGCACUGGAUGCUCUGAGGCGGCUGCUCGACGCCAACCACAAGACCUGGAUGCUCGACCUGACUAUCGUUCUGCUGGGAGGUACGAACAUCAUCACGCCAGGCUUCAAGGCGGACUUGCAACGACACCUUCCCCAUGUCGAAAUCCUGGAAAUGCUCGGUGGGAAAAUGACGGACAUCGAUUCCAAGCGUCACGUCGUUGUCAUGACGGAGUUUAACAAAGGUGGAAUCAUCAAGCCGAGCAUGAUUGGGCCGGGGGUGAAGCUGGUAGUUGACUUGGGUUUCGAUGUUGUGACCAAAACUGGUGACUUGGAUCCUGGGGUGCACGACAUCAGCAAUCUUGUUGUUGUGCCUACUCCAGGAGGGGUAUUACCAGUCAUCAUUUGGGUCAUGAUGGAACGCACAAUCAAGGCGAAGACACACCUAGAGACCUCUCGGAACUGCUGUCUUUCUGGUGUGCAGGCCGGAUGUACGGUUUCUUGA